AUUCACGAUAUCAAUUUUGGGUUGAGGAGAUUAAUUUAGGGGAGAAACCUUAAUCCCUUUUAAAAAAAGGUUAUACUUAUAUAAUGUUACAUAAAAAACACUAUUUGAUGCUACAUAAACAUAAAUGAAGAGAGAGAAAAUGAGUUGAGGAAAGAGAAAAUCAAAAAUUGUGGACCCUACGUCUAUUUGUUUGGACAGGAAAUGAAUCUUACAUCAUGUUACAUAAUAGAUGUAUUUUCCUUUAAAAAAUUACCAUAUUGAAGUCUCUGGUGUAAAAUUAAACUUUUAAAUAUGAUGUUUCGAAUCUGUAAUAGCACUAUGCCACUGGUGUUGUAAUUUUGCAGCAUAAGGAGAAUAGGUUUGGAGCGAGGUGCACGAUACGAUGGAAGAUGACACAACGUUCGAGCUGAGCAAGUGUGUUUCCUCGGUGUCGGAGGAUUCCAGUUUCUGUUGCCCAAUUUGCUUGGGAUCAUUGGUUCAAGUUUCCUACCUCGAUAAAUGUUUUCAUAAGUUUUGCUUCAAUUGCAUUUUACGCUGGGCCAAAGUUGUUGCUGGCAAGCACCGUUCUCCACCUUCUUCUGUAAAAUGCCCCCUUUGUAAGACAGAAAAUUUUUCUAUCAUAUAUGGAGUUGAUGGAAGUUGUUUUCAACGACAUUAUGUAAAUAAGGAUUUUGAGGAUAGUUUUAUCUUAUCAAGAGCGCAGAGAUAUAGAUUACAAUGCUAUUACACUGAACAAGGAUUCUUAGACGACAUAUUCAAUAUAUCGCAAUAUUGGAAAUCUCAUAAGUAUUUUCAACCAAACUGCUGGCUUCAAAGUUGGUUAAGAAGGGAAAUUCAAGCUCUUAUCCAGGAGGAGGAUGUUGACAUCAUUGUGCACCAUAUCCUUGGUGUGGUCAAACCAUUAUGGACUAGGAGAGAGCAGAAGUCACACAUAAAUGCACCUGAAAAGAAACAGGAAGAGUUCAAGAUGUCAGUCUCUGAAGCAGCAAGGCCUUUUCUGGCAGUAAGAACGGACAGAUUUGUAUAUGAGAUUCAACUUUUUCUUGCUUCAGGAUUGAAUAUAGAAGCUUAUGAUGCUGUUUACAUACAAAGAUUAGGUUGGAGCUCACCUGGGGUAAACACUGAGGUUUCUCAAAGUGAAUUAAUUGAUCGCACAACUGUGAUUCCAUACCUGUAUAUAUUUGAUGACGACUCUGAUGGAAAUGAGUAGAUUCCUUGUUUUGUUUUUCUCACUUUUUGUCUGUAAUUGCUGUAUAGUGUGAUUGUUACCCGAAUAGCAUAGGAGAAAAAAUUCAUAUAUCAAUAAGCGCUAUUGAGGGUUUGGAU